UCUUUCUUGUGUCGUUACUUGGGCCUUUUCAUCUUCGUUUUUCUUGCUUUCCGUUGGAGAUGGAGCAUUUGCCACCGGUAUGGCAGAUGUUGAGGCGAGACAGAAAGGAGGUAUGUGAAGAGUCUUUGUUCUCUGGGAUUGAGAUGGUGAGUGUGGGAGUCAGCACAGAGCCCUGCCAUGCUAGGUGGGAGGUGGAGACAGAUGAAGUUGUUCUACAGCGGCGGCAAAAACAGAUAGAUUAUGGCAAGCGCACACCUGGUUACCAGUGUUUCCUGCAGCAGGUCCCCAAGGCAAAGCGACAGCCAGGACUUCACCCUCAAACACCAAAUAAGAACAGGAGGUACAGCCGUCGCUCGUGGGAUGCCCAAAUCAGGCAGUGGAGAAGAGCUCUACAUUCUUGGGACCCCCCCAGCCAGCCUCUGCAGGGCAGGGGGGCUGAGGGGCAGGGGAUGGAGCAUCUCUUAGAGCCAAUGGGUUCCACCCCUUUGGAUGACCUUUUGGAUGACUGGUUCCAGGCCCUGGAACCCUCAACAAAUCUGGAUGGAGACCAGAAGGGAGCCCAGUUUGCAGACUUGGUGGCUCCUGCCUACUCCCUUCCCUGGCUCUGUGAGGAAGAUCCCCACCACUGGUGCUACUUUGUAGCUGACAGUUACAUAUCUGUCCUAGACUUGAGUGGGGCACAAAAUAUUUAG